AUGAAGUGGCUAUUUACCGGGCUAAUCGUAGCUCUCACCGUGUCUGAAGCCGUGGGCGCUAAAGACUGGUUCAGCAAAGCUGUCUACAACCAAUGGCACGAAACCGAACUCGAACGCUGGCUUUCGGACCAUGACGUUCCAUAUCCUUCUCCUGCAGAUCGCAAGGAUCUUGAGGAAUUGGUAAAGUCCAACUGGGAGUCGUAUGUCACGGCGCCGGCUUCGAAGACAGCAGAGGAGGUCUCAGGGUCCCUCAACGAUGUCAAGGAGUGGAUAUUUGAUUCAUGGAGUGACUCCCAAUUAAAAGCCUUUUUGGACCGCCAUGGAGUCCCCUGCCCUCAACCAAAGAAGAGGGAUACCCUCCUGUCAGCGGCCCGCAACAACUAUGAAACAAUCGCCCAGAAGCUCGGUCAAUCGGUUAACUAUCCAGGAAACUGGCUGUAUGAGCAUUGGACCGAAUCCGACCUCAAGGAGUAUCUUGAUAGCCAUGGCUACCCGGUUCCUCAGCCAACAUCCCGUGACAAGCUUAUUGCCGCCGUGCGUCGUAACUCGCGCCGUGCCGGAAUAGAAAGCCGAAAGACUGCUUCAGCCGCGUCGGCGUCGAUGGCGGCUGCUCAGGAAACACUUGCAGAGGCACUGUUCAAUGCUUGGUCUGAGUCUGACUUUAAAAAGUUCUUCGAUGAACAUGGCAUCAAGGUACCCCAGGGCUCUAGACGGAAUGAAAUGCUGGCCUUGGCACGCAAGAAUCGUAAUGCUCUACUGGAAAAGUCAUCUGCGUCUCUCGUCUCUGGAUUUGGAGCUGCUACCUCUAAGGCCGGCAACGAAUAUGCUCGUGCCACGGAUGAUGCGCAGCUGAAGAUGAACGACGUCUUCAACCAAGUUAUUAACGGAUGGUCUGACUCCCGUCUUAAGGGAUAUCUAGAUGCUCGUGGCGUUCCAGUACCACAGAACACUAAGAGGGAUGAACUUCUUGCCAAAGUGCGACUCCACGGACACAAAGCUGCCAGUGGAUAUUCUGCAUGGACCUUCGACACCUGGAACCGAGAGAAUCUAGGGAAAUACUUGUCCUCCCAGCACAAGAAGGCCUUAGAGGGCGUUGAGUAUAGCCGCGAUGAACUGUUAAAGCAGGCUCAAGACGCAUACAAUCGUGCCUCCAAGGCCGGUGGCCCUACUUAUGCCUCCAUCACAAACUACCUUGCCCAAACCACCGAUUCUGUAAAAGACAACUUCAACUCAUGGUCCAAGGAUGAUGUCGAGAAGUACCUUGCCUCCUAUGGUAUCAAACCAACUCGCGGGUCAAGCAUUGAAGAGCUGCGAAAGCAGGCUCAAGCGAACGCUGAUUACUUCCGCUAUGGAGUAACGAAACAGGAGUCUUCUAUCUUUACUCGACUACAGGAUAUGGGACAGUGGGCCUGGGAUCAAUUGAAGAUCGGAGCUCUUAGUGGUAGAGCUGAAGGGCAGAAGGCGGCACAGGACGUGAAGGAGAAGGUAUCGAAGGCCGCUGAUGAGCUUUAG